AUGUCAUCCUUUCUUUUUUUCAUUGGGUCUUUUUUAUGCACACACUCGGCUUCUUUCUUUCUUUCUUUCUUUCUUUUUUUCUUUCUUUCUUUCUCUCGCAUAAUUUAUUUUCUGCCUUCUUUUUUCACUCUGACAUUAUCUUUUCUCACUCUCCCGGCCGGUUUUCUUUCUUUCUUUCUUUCUUUCUUUCUUUCUUUCUUUCUUUCUUUCUUUCUUUAUAUAUUUAUUUAUUUGUUUAUUUGUCUAUUGCAUAACCAAUUUCUUUCUUUUUUUCUUUCUUUUUUUCAGCUAACCACAUUUUUCCUUUCUUUCUUUCUUUCUUUCUUUCUUUCUUUCUUUAUUUAUUUAUUUCCUUCUUUCUUUCUUUUUCUCAUGUCAACUAACAAUAUUAUUUCUUCCUUUCUUUCCUACUUCCUACCUUUCUUUAUUUCAUUUCCUUUCUUUCUUUUUACUUCCUUUCUUUCUUUUUUCUUCCAUUACGUAAGCACAUUUUUUUAA